AGGCGCAGGGUGAAGGAUGCCCGUGGAAGGCUCUGCGGAUGCAGUUGCGGAGCGAGACAGGGGUUUUCAAAAAGGAAAACAAAACCUAAAUAACGUCUGCUGCAGAAGGGACUGCUUAAGGACAAGAACAAAGGUCUGGAUUGGAACGAUAAAAUAGAAUACUUGCUUGUGAUGUGAAGGAGCACUUCCUUUAAUCUGAACUAAGUGCCAGUUGGCCGGAACUCGGAUGAGAAUCCAAAGUCGGCCUUGAUGACACCCUCCUGAGGGCUUUCGUGGAGCAAGAUGGUGCUGGACUCAGGGUCACAGUCCUAUACACAGCAGCAUCCCCAUGAUUUUGGCAAUGGCCUGCCGCACAGGAGAGGUGGGAAGAAGGGCUCCUCAUGUGAUGGACUGCGGCUUUACCCGUUCUUGUCCCCUUCCCUUUCUUUGGAGUCAGACUCUUCCAGCCCAGCGCAAAGCACCCAGCUGCCGUUGAAAUCCUGCCUCCGAAAACCCGAGCCCAGACCGCCGCCGAAUUUCUGCCCUGCCAUCUCGAGUCCUUGCAGCUGGAUGCGCCGGAGCGAAAGCACAUGUGCAGUAGACCGCAGAGGCCGGCCUCGAGGCCAGAUCCGCAGCGCCUCAUCCCUACCUCACAUCCCCAAACCCGGGGCCGUGGGACCUAACGGCAGGAAGAGCCCUUGUUUGUUGGUAGCCCUGAGGCCUGUCAACAUUGAGGUGGAAAGGGAGAAAUUCUUCCAGUCGUGUUAUUCCUAUGACCCUCAGUUUCAAUAUGAGGAGCCUCUUCCCGAAGCAAUCUUGGAAAAAUACCAAGAGGCCUCUGGCAAAUUUAUUUCACAGGCAAUCAGAAUUAUUAAUGCUGUUCUGGAGAAAUACGGCACCUACGAAAGCUUUGAAGCAACAAAUGGCGGGAAGCUGCUUAGCAAAGGCCACAUCUGGUCUAUCAUCCGGAAGUACAUGCAAAAGGAAGGCUGUUCUGGAGAGGUCGUGGUUCAGCUCACCGAAGAUCUGCUUUCCCAAGCCGUGAUGAUGGUGGAGAACUGUCGCCCGACUUUAGCCAUCAACCUUUCUGGAGCCCGGCAGAACUGGCUGGAGGGCAUGCUGCGUCAUGAAAUAGGAACCCACUACAUCCGAGGUAUUAACAAUGCCCACCAGCCCUGGAACAGCUUGGAAGGCCGCAGGCAGUAUGGCCUGAAACCUGCAAACCCAACAGAGGAAGGGUUGGCAAGUUUACACAGUGUCCUCUUCCGAAAGCACCCCUUCCUGUGGAGGGCAGCCCUGCUCUACUAUACCAUCUACCAGGCCAGCCACAUGUCUUUCUGUGAGCUCUUCCACGAUCUGGACCGUUACGUGCAGGAUCCAGGAGUGCGGUGGGAGUACUGUGUACGGGCCAAGAGAGGACAGAUGGACACUUCCAAGCCAGGAUGUUUCAGUAAAGAUCAAGUGUACCUAGAUGGAAUUCUCCGCAUCCUGAGACACCGGCAAACCAUCGACUUCCACUUGUUGGCUGCGUUGGGGAAGGUCUCCUACGAAGACAUUGAUCACCUCAAGAAAUUUGGAGCUCUGGGCAAGGCCCGCAUCCCCCACUUCAUGCAGGACCGCGAACGGUACAGCCAGCUGCUCGACCGUAUUGUAACAACCAACUGCCUCAAGGACGAAGAGCUGGAACAAUUGCUCCCGGACUGAGUGGACUGUGUCAGGGAGAAGAGCUCCUAUGCCGGAUGAGUUGUGCUCGAUUGGGAAACUUGUGACCCGGUGGAAGACUGUGCUGUUGGAUUGUGGCCUGUUGAAAACGGUUCCGUGAUUCCGAGUGUAGCGCUUAUUUAUUUAUCUUUAAACAUUUUGUUGGGUGUCUCUAGUUAUGUGUUAGAUGACAGUGUCCGGGCUGCGCCAUUGUCCUCUGGCUGACUAGAGCGAGACCUUUGUGGCUUCCUGUUGAGCAGAUCACAUAUAUAUCUCAAAAUUCUGCAGUGGAUGCCUGAAAGUAUGCAGAUAGCCUGACCACUUGCAGGGAACACAUAAGCUUGUUGUGGCCAUUCCAAGAAAUAGAUUGUAUAAGUGCCACAGCCAAGUAUGCUGGAAUUUAGAUUACUUGAGAAAAUUUUCUUUUAACAGUUUGGUAUAGCUUCUUGGAUAAGCUGCAAUCUAAGAACACUUCCCACACUAUCAUCUCUUAAGAGGAUCAACCAGAUGACUCAUGGUGCGCAUGUAAAGUGCCGUCACAUCCCAGCUAACUUAUGGUGACCCCGUAGGAUUUUCAAGGCACGUGAUCAAGCAGAAGUGGUCUGCCAUUGCCUGCCUCUGCAAAGUCUUCUUUGGUGAUGCCCCAUCCAAGUACUGACCCUGCUUAGCCUUCAAGAUCCGACAAGGUGGGGCUUUACUAUUCCACAUCUCAAACGAGAGAUUAGCAGUAUGCAAGCUUUCAAGUUCAUCAGAGCUCUUCAUCGGGCUGGAUGUUACCAAAACAUGUUCAAAAAUGUUUAAGGGAACUGUUUAGCGCACGAUGCGAGUCCUGGUUUAGUCUGUACUGCUGAACAGUUGUCAGCUUUCGUGUGGCUCUUUGGGGCAAGAUUCAGUAAAUUAAGUGACCCCUCCCGUUCAUUAACAAAGCCCCCAAAUUGUCUUUAAUUACCCUCUAAACCAAUAAGGCACGAAAUUUAAGAUGCUGACAACCAGGGAGGGGUGAGGCGAGUGCAGCUCCCAGCUACUAGCAGAACGGAGGAUGCAGAAUAAUAGGACCAUGUUAUCAAGUAUAUUUUGUGUGUGUGUAUAUUGAGGUUGCAGAACUGAAGCCAAAAGAAAAGAAAAUUGCAUUGCUGAAACAGACCCAAGUGGCACCCUGUUCUCAACAGAUGUCAAUUCGUCAGAUGCUUCUGGGCGGUCACAAGCCUGGCAUGACUGUGUAGCAAACUUUUAUACAUUAUUUAAAUUGCAGAGAUGAUGUGCAGCCCAAGACCAUGGAUACGUUGUUUUCGUCCUGUGGCAGAUGGAAUGUUUUGUCUGUAGUUGGCAUGCAUGAUGUAGCUGAAGGUGCUUUGUGGUAGCUGAAGCUGUGUUUCUAUAGCAGUUGCCCCCUUAGUGAUGCCCAGUUGCUGCAGUAGGGGCAGAGAGAGAGAACUGAGACAGGCAAGAAGCUUGAUGGAACGCCAGGGAUCAUUCUGUGCUCGGAGGGUACCUAAAAAGUUUGGUCGUGGCCAGAAUCUUUUUAGCAGUAAGUGCAGCAGAAACACCUUUACCUGCUUCACCAUAUUGUUAUGGUUCCCCCUCCUCUCCUGUUCAGGUACCUACAAAGAUGAGAUAUGGCCAGAGGCGACAGCUAAAGAGCUUUUCUAAGCCUGUGGCUUUGGGCAAGCCAACAAAAGAAUCCAGGACUAGCC